GGAGACGGUCUCUACCUGUCUCUGGAGCUUCAGAAUCUCCAAAUAUUUGCUGGAAGUGUAGAUGAUGAGUUCGUCAGAAAUGGCUUCUUCUUCUCUGGAGAAAAGGAUGGAGGAGGAUUUUAAGGCAGCACAUGCUGAUGCAGGGAAGGUCUGGAAGCAGAGAGAUCAGAGAUCUGCUGAGGCGGCCACCGCCGCCGUCAAUUCCGAUUCUCCGGAGGAUGAUGAUGAUGAUUGCCGGAAGAUCUUCAAUGUUCCUUACUAUGUCCACACGCCAAAAGGGCGAGAGAAGAAUCCAGAGUUCGUGGACAAGAUCCGGGAAACGUUCAAGGAAGAUGACCAUCUCAUAGUGGGUUUCAAGAACGCUUGUAAUAUGGGUGGAGGCUACCGAGCUUGGGAGAAGAAUGGGUUCCCCACCAAGAAACAACACAAGGAACAACAACUCUGAAAGAAUUUUGAUUCUCCAAGUUACAAAAUAAUUGAUAUUCAUGCUUUCACUUGGGGGGCGUGGUGAAUUGUUCAGUUUAUGAAGUUCAGAUACCUUCAUGUAAUUUUCCCUUUCAAGGUUUCCCUCUUCUUCGAGUAAGGUUUGCAGCAACCCUUGUAUGUAUGUUGAGCAAGGGUUGCCUAUACUAUAAGCUACAAACUUGUCAGAAACAAAGCAAUAAAACUAGACUCAAGAGCUU